AUGGCUGGCCGCUCGGGGAGAAGGAGACCCUGGGCUUUGCCAGGGCGUCUCAUCCUCCAGCCCGGCAGCCCAUCGAGACCCCCACGGCGCACCGAGCGCGGUUCUGCCCCCAUCGCGGCUGCGGGCUUUGUCUGCUCCGCCGAGACGCUGGCCCCGCGCGCGCGGCCCGGAGCCCCGGAUCGAGUCCGCGAGGGGGGGAGGGGGAAGCGGAGAGAGAGCGAGGAAGCCGCAGCCACCGAGCGGCGACCGGCCCCCCUCCUUUUCGCCCCCCUCAUUACCAUAAGAAAGAGGGACCCCGGACCGCUCUGCGCUCUCUACAAAGAGGCCGAGCUGCGCCUGAAGGGCAGCAGCAACACCACCGAGUGUGUGCCCGUGCCCACCUCCGAGCACGUGGCCGAGAUCGUGGGCAGGCAAGGCUGUAAGAUUAAGGCUCUGAGGGCCAAAACCAACACCUACAUCAAGACGCCAGUGCGGGGCGAGGAGCCGGUGUUUAUGGUGACUGGGCGGCGAGAGGACGUGGCCACCGCCCGGCGGGAAAUCAUCUCCGCCGCUGAGCACUUCUCCAUGAUCCGCGCCUCGCGCAACAAGUCGGGCGCUGCCUUCGGCGUGGCGCCGGCGCUGCCCGGCCAGGUGACCAUCCGAGUGCGGGUGCCCUACCGCGUGGUGGGGCUCGUGGUGGGCCCCAAGGGGGCCACCAUCAAGCGCAUUCAGCAGCAGACCAACACGUACAUUAUCACGCCCAGCCGUGACCGCGACCCCGUGUUUGAGAUCACCGGGGCCCCUGGCAACGUGGAGCGCGCGCGCGAGGAGAUUGAAACGCACAUCGCGGUGCGCACGGGCAAGAUCCUCGAGUACAACAAUGAGAACGAUUUCCUGGCGGGGAGCCCCGACGCCGCACUGGAUAGCCGCUACUCCGAGGCCUGGCGGGUGCACCCUCCGGGCUGCAAGCCCCUCUCCACCUUCCGGCAGAACAGCCUGGGCUGCAUCGGCGAGUGCGGAGUGGACUCUGGCUUUGAGGCCCCACGCCUGGGCGAGCAGGGCGGCGACUUUGGCUACGGCGGGUACCUGUUUCCGGGCUACGGAGUGGGCAAGCAGGAUGUGUACUACGGGGUGGCCGAGACCAGCCCCCCCCUCUGGGCGGGCCAGGAGAAUGCCACGCCCACCUCCGUGCUCUUCUCCUCCGCCUCCUCCUCUUCCUCCUCCUCGGCCAAGGCCCGUGCUGGGCCCCCGGGCGCCCAUCGUUCUCCUGCUACCUCCGCGGAGCUGGCGGGACUCCCGAGGCGCCCGCCCGGAGAGCCUCUCCAGGGCUUCUCCAAACUUGGGGGGGGCGGCCUGCGGAGCCCCGGCGGCGGGCGCGAUUGCAUGGUGUGUUUCGAAAGCGAGGUGACCGCCGCGCUGGUGCCCUGCGGACACAACCUCUUCUGCAUGGAGUGUGCAGUUCGCAUCUGUGAGAGGACGGACCCCGAGUGUCCCGUCUGCCAUAUCACAGCCACGCAAGCCAUUCGAAUAUUCUCCUAAGUACCCUGCCCCAUACCUCCAGGCCCACUCCCCAGGGGCCGCCCGAGAGCUGUUUUCCAGUAAGGCGUUUUGGAAAUCAGUGAUUCCAGGGGCAAGGUGCUUAGAGAUGCUUGUUGGGGGUGGGGGGCCUCGGGGAAAGACAACUGUGGUGGCUGGAGGGUGGGCCACUUGCAGAGCCGCUGGUCCCCCAGCUCCGGGUAGGUUGGGAGGGGGCCGGACCAGAAAUGUUACUAGAGUUACAACUCUGAUACCUCAACACAUUCUAAAAUCGGGGAGCAGCUAAGAGAAACUUGUUUUGCCAGAGAUGGUGGCUAAGGUUAAGAUGAAGCUCCUAAUCCUGACCCCCAACCCGCACCCCCACCCCCCAUCCCCAUCUGUGUGUCACCCUACUUCUUCUGGGCAAUAGGGCAAAGGGAGAGGGAGAAUUCCAAUGUGUACCCAGAGGUGCUUUUUCGGAUCUCCAAGCCCUCUAGUCCUGACCUCUGACCUCUUAACAUGACCCUUUCACCCCCAUCCCCACCCCACAUCCUGUUUGAGGAUCUGGUCAAGAGGUUUCAUAACUCUCGGAGGUCGGGGCUCUCCUGGAAGUCAGCAGAAGUCUUCGGGGUGGGGGUGGGGGGGUGCAUGCCGUUCCAUUGAGGGCACAGACUGCAUCUGUCCCUGUACAGCUGGGCUGGAAGGAGCUGGCGAGGGCCACUCCUCAGCUUUCCACUGUCCCUUACCCUGCUCCCUUCUCCUGUUCCCCUUCCUGCGAGUUCUAUUUCUUUUCUUCCCCCGGGCAGCUGUGGAGUUCACUUUUCUUUGCUCUUCUUACUACAUCCCUUCCUGAUCCUUCUGCCCCUUCCAGCCCAGCUUUGAGGGUGGAGAAGUCCGUCCGGGGGAAGAACAUCUUGAUACCACUGAACUUCAGGCACCAGAAAGCCCUCUCCUCCACCUUUCUGAGCAAACACCUUUAAAUUGUUGAUGGAUUAUAUCUCACUUCUCAGUGAAAAUGUGUGGAAGGGUCUAAUACUAGGGUAUCUAAAGGUGAUUCCCACUGUCACCAUCUUUGGGCAUUAUAUUUAGGGAGUACUUCUUGGGCUCGAUUUUCUGGCUGUGGAUCUGGGGGUGGGGGUCUGCUAUUUACAGGAGCAGGAAAGGACCUGAGGCAGGAGAGGCUGGUAGCAGGAAGGCACUGACUCCCCUGCAAUGCCCCCCUCCCUGUACCCCUCCCAGGGCCUGACCUGAAUCCUCAUUAGCUUGCGAAUCAUGAAGUCUCUGUGUCCCUGUCACCCCCACCCCCACCCCACUGUGGCUAAGGAGAGAGACCAGGUCUUCAGAGAGGGGUCCAUCUGAGGUGGAAGUUGAGUUGGGGUGUGGCAGGACCUGAUUCAGUAAUACUGUACAAUCUUGCUUCCCCACUACUCAUUUGGGGUUGCCACUGGCCUCUCGCCCUCCUGGUUCCGCUGGCCGGGCCAGGAGAGGACAGGGAUGAGAGGCCCAGAGGGCACCAGGGGAUUCUUGUACGCAAUGGGGUGGGACUGUUCUGGGUGAUCUCUGAGCACUUAAUGGCUCUGGAGUCCCAUUCUUCCUUGAAAGGAGAAGGGGAACAGGGAUGGGGGUGCCAAGGGGGUUUCCUCCUCUCCUUCCUCCUGUUGUGAAUUAUCUCAUUUCUCAACUUUCCCCUCCAGACCACCAGCCAGGCAGGGGAGAGGAAGGUGGUCAGGGGCCAAGAAAGCUGGCCUGUGACAAUUUCCCUCCUCGCUGCCUCCGUGAGCCAUCCUGAAAUGUCUGUACAAUAGAAACCAAACCAAAUGGGUACCCCCAGUGCACUGGGGGCGGUCUGGG